GCCCGCUGCUUCUGGCUUCAACCCGUUCUUGGCCUCCUGGGGCUCUGCUUGACUUGGAACCCCCUUUCCAGACAAGACUGCCAUCUAGAUUUUGUCCCUUAAGGAGAAAGGGAGUCUGGCAGGUCUGUUCUCUGAGCAGGGAGUCAAGGGGUACUAAGAAGGGAAGGAAAAGCUGGGUACCGCGGGGCCAGAGGUGCUGUCCCGGACAACGGCAAUGCUUUGGGAUGCUCUGACACCUUGCUAGAUAGACCUGUUGCCCUCUCUAACUAAUAGUGCCUCUGCACAGACCACUCCCUGGCCUCUGCCAAUCCUUCUUAGCCUGCAGAGACACCUUUGACACAGGCUUCAUAGAGGAGAGUUCUGGGGGACCUCAGGGUCACUUGACGCACAAGGAUACCAAGGCCCAAGGAAGGGCUUAUAAUUUGCCUAGAGCCUCACAGGACUGGCCAGUGUCAACACAGGACCUUGAACCUGGUUUCCAGAGUGACCCUUGUCUUGUGAGCACUCCUCUGUCUUGGGGUCACAUCUAGAGCCAGCCACCUGAAGCCAGUCCUUCCUGACCUUUUAUUUUAAUGGAAAAGUGCUACACAGUCUUAAACCCGGCUUGGACCCAAAUUACCAACAUCAAGGCUAGGUGGGCUGUUGCCUGAAAAGCUACUUGAAUGGUGUCUCGGCUUGAUGGGCCAUUGCCACAGCCGCUGGGUCAGGGGCACAGUGGGGCUGGCCCACUCCCACACUUCCUGCCACCCAUUUUAUAAUUUUUUUUUAAUUUAGUAUUCCAGAAAGCCCUGCACAUUCCCUUAGCACCCUGGCCUUCUCCUCUGAGGUCUUAACUGAAGUUGCUCCGGCCUUAAGUUCCAGUGUUUUGGUGAUUUACCUUAUAAAUCACAGGAGAGGGGCUCAUUUCCUGUUCUCCAGGGGCUUCUAGGGCAGGGUGUGUUCUUAUGCCUAAGAGAGACCCGUGUGGUGAACAGAGGCUAGCUGUGUCCCCUCCCACUUGUUACUACCACUGGCUGCUGGCCCAAGCCAUUCCCUGCACCCCUAAGACUGAGAAAAUGACCCCACUGGGGGACUGGCUAUUGAUGACAAGCCUCCCACCAUGCCCUGUGCCCGAGGCACCUCCUGUGCUCUGCCAUUAAUUCCUGUAUUAGCAGUGAGGAAGUUGGUGCUAGCUCUCCUACAGUGCUGGCUGAGGAAACCGAGGUUCACAGUGGCUUACCCAGCUGAGCACGGUAGUCUUGAAGGGCUAAAUCGGGGAGUGAGUGAGGUACAGCUGUUGUUUUUGUUUGGGGGAGGGCCUCUGAGGACCAGCCAGUCUUCACCUCAGGCCUCCUAAGGCAGGGGUACGGGGAGAAGCAGGUGAGAUACAAAGCAGGAGACUCAACCGUCUUCUACUAGGCCUACCCAGAUGCUGUCUCUGGUUCAGGCUGGAGAUUACUGCCCCAUCUUUGUACUGGGCCCUUGCGGGUUUUAGCCUUGCAACCUUGAGCUGAGACCGACACCAGGAAGCCUUCCUGAUGUACUCAGAUUGGGCUGGGCCCAGCCCCCUACUGUGUUAGUGCCUGUGGCUUGUUUCUUGCCAACUCAGAUUAUAACCGCUUUUGUUUUUUGGCUCUCCCACCAGACUGGCAACCCCACUGGGCAUGAGCUAUUAUUUGUUCAUCUGUCUUCCUGUUUUUUGUUUGUUUGUAUUUUUCCUGGAUUUCUCAUCGGCCUGGGCAUCUGGUCACAUCGGAAAUCCUCGGUGUCUCAGGCUCUGGGCCUCAAGCGACUCAGCCUCUGUGGUUUCUCUUCUUCAGUCUCCGAGAGUCGCUUCCCGAGCUGUUGUCUCCAAGGCCGCUAUUUCUCUGGGUCUCCCUCUCGUUUCUGUCAGACUGGGCACUGCUCCUUUGGCCCAAGGGGCCUCUGCAAGGGUCCUUGCUGCCCAGACUGCCCGCAAUGCAGCCAGGCAAGUGUAGGCCCCCGCCCAGCCCCAGCCCGCUGCCUGCUCCCUCCCUCUCCUCGCCUCACCACAGGGUUUGAUGAAUCAAACCCUUUGUCUGGGUGGGAUCUCCCCCAGCCAGCUGGGCAGAGAGAGGGCUUCCCCUGCCGGAGCAGGCGGGCAGCAUCAGCAGCAGGCUUCGGUCUCUGCUGAAGAGGCUCAGGAGGGUGGCAGAGCAAAGGAGGAAUGGACUGUGGGCCACCCGCAACCCUCCAGCCUCACCUGGCUGGAUCACCUGGCACUGCCCGCCGCCCGGUAGCCGUGUGCCAGCAGGAAAGCCUGUCUUUCGUGGAACUGCCCUCUCUGCAGCCCCCAAGCCCAGUGUGUGUGGAUCUUUUCCCCAUUGCGCCUGAGGAGCUACAAGCUCCUGGUAGUCGUUGGUCCCUGGCGACCCCUGCCCCUCUCCAAGGACUGUCAUGGCCACCUUCCCCAGGAAGCCCAGAUUCCCAUAUCUCCAGCAGUGGAGGAAUGAGACCCAGCAGGGCUGGCAGCUGGCCCCACUGUCCUGGUGCCCAGCCCCCAACUCUGGUGGGACCCUGGAGCUCCCAACACAUGCAGCCCCAGCGCAGGGCCAGCCAUGGUGGCUCAGAGAAGAAGUCAGCCUGGCGCAAGAUCCAGGUAUAUCAUAAUGAAGAGGCCACUGGUGGCACCGAGACCCCCAUGGGUCUUCUGGAGACUGGCCAGGCUGCACAUGAGCAGGCUCUAUGUGCGGAAGAGCCCAGGCCACAGGAACUUUCCAGAAGCACCAGAGUGGGCCUUGAGGCUCAGGAGCGAAGGCGCUUCUCAGCCUCUGAACUGAUGACGAGGCUUCACUCAUCUCUGCGCCUGGGUCGCACGGCCACCAGGGCCCUGACCUCGGGGUCAGGUGCUGGAAUCACCCGAGAAGGGAAACUGCCUGUGAGGGAAUGCCGAAGAGCGGAGAUGAGGGUGGACAGUGUGUCGCUGCCAGCACCUGCUGACCCAAAUGAGGUCCACGGUGGUCUACUGGAGCCCAGGCUGGACACGCAUGAAAAACCCUCUCAGGAUUCCAGCAGCGCCACCGAGCGGCGCCAGUCCCGCUUCCUCCUUAACUCUGUCCUCUACCAGGAGUACAGCGACGUGGCCAGCGCGCGCGAGUUGCGGCGGCAGCAGCGCGAGGAGGAGGGCCCUGGGGACGGGGCGGAGGGCGCGGAGGAGGGGCCCGGGCCACCGCGCGCCAACCUUUCCCCGAGCAGCUCCUUUCGCGCGCAGCGCUCUGCCCGAGGCUCCACCUUCUCGCUGUGGCAGGACAUCCCCGACGUGCGCGGCAGCGGCGUCCUGGCCACGCUGAGCCUGCGCGACUGCAAACUGCAGGAGGCCAAAUUUGAGCUGAUCACCUCGGAGGCCUCCUACAUCCAUAGCCUGUCGGUGGCUGUGGGCCACUUCUUAGGCUCCGCGGAGCUGAGCGAGUGUCUGGGGACUCAGGACAAGCAGUGGCUAUUUUCCAAACUGCCCGAGGUCAAGAGCACCAGUGAGAGGUUUCUCCACGACCUGGAACAGCGUCUAGAGGCCGACGUGCUGCGCUUCAGCGUGUGCGACGUCGUUCUGCAGCACUGCCCUGCCUUCCGCCGGGUCUACCUGCCCUACGUCACCAACCAGGCCUAUCAGGAGCGCACCUACCAGCGCCUCCUCCUAGAGAACCCCAAGUUUCCCGGCAUCCUGGCCCGCCUAGAAGAGUCUCCCGUGUGCCAGCGGCUGCCUCUCACCUCCUUCCUCAUCCUACCCUUCCAGAGGGUCACCCGCCUCAAGAUGCUGGUAGAGAACAUUUUGAAGCGGACAGCACCAGGCUCCCAAGAUGAGGACAUGGCCACCAAGGCUUUCAGUGCACUCAAGGAGCUGGUGCAGGAAUGCAAUGCCAGCGUGCAGUCCAUGAAGAGGACUGAGGAACUCAUUCACCUGAGUAAGAAGAUCCACUUCGAGGGCAAGAUCUUUCCACUGAUCUCACAGGCCCGCUGGCUGGUGAGGCACGGGGAGCUGGUGGAAUUGGCCCCCCUGCCGGCUGCACCACCUGCCAAGCUGAAGCUGUCCAGCAAAGCCGUGUACCUUCACCUCUUCAAUGACUGCCUGCUUCUGUCCCGGAGGAAAGAGCUCGGGAAGUUUGCUGUUUUCGUCCAUGCCAAUAUGGCUGAGCUGCAGGUUCGAGACCUGAGCCUGAAGCUGCAGGGCAUCCCAGGUCACGUGUUCCUGCUCCGGCUGCUGCAUGGGCAACGUGCCAGGCACCAGCUGCUGCUGAGAGCGCGUACUGAAAGUGAGAAGCAACGAUGGAUCUCAGCCUUGCGCCCAUCCAGCCCCCAGGAGGACAAGGAGGUCACCUGUGAUGGAGAAGACCGCCCCCAGGUCCAGUGUGUGAGGACCUAUAAGGCCCUGCAGCCGGAUGAAUUGACCUUGGAGAAGACAGACAUCCUGGCAGUGAAGACCCGGACCAGUGAUGGCUGGCUGGAGGGUGUGCGCCUGGCAGACGGUGAAAAGGGGUGGGUGCCGCAGGCCCAUGUGGAGGAGAUCAGCAGCCUCAGUGCUCGACUUCGUAACCUCCGAGAGAUCAAGCGGGUGACCAGUGCCAGCAGCAAGCUGGAGGACCCGCCUGCCUGACGCUCCCCUGGGGCCUGACUGGGUCCCUUCCCUUGCUGUGGGCUUCUGUGUGUCUGGGGGCUUCUCUAUAGGCGCUGGGUGGUAACAGCUCUGUAAAUAAGCCCUGGCUGCCUCUGCUUGAUGUCUGACCCCAGGGCCUUUGCACUGACUUCUCUGCCUGGGGAGCUCUGUCCCAUCAGGAGGGUGUUGCCUGUUCUCACCGUCUCCUGUCUCCCGGUGCCCCGAGGGCAGAGGAGCCUGUGUCAACCUGCUACUUUUCCCUCCGAGUAGCAAAGUGUCAAAGCCAAGCAGGCUUGAAUAUUAAAAUGACUCCAUGAGUUUUUGUACUUGCCUCUUGCCGCUUGUGCUAAGAAAGCACCACCAGCUGGGGGCCUUGACCACUGCAGCUGGGAGGCUGGGGUCUAAAGUCAGCCUCCCAGGCUGAAUGCCACCUGGAGGUCGCGCUGGGCCCCAUCGGGGUCCCAGAAGAGAGUUGCUCUUUGCCUCUGUGUGUUUGGUGGUUGCAGUGAACUGCACCCACAGCCGGACCCCAGGCCCACUCCAUGUCCUCUGCCUCCUGCUGGAGUCCACCUGGACCAUUUUGCCAUCGCAGUCUUGGCAAAACCAUCUAACCACACACUCCUCCCAUGUUUUUCUGUUUAAAGAAAUUGCCAUUGCAGUCUUGGCAAAACCAUGUAACCCCACACUUCUCCCAUGUUCUUCUGUUUAAAAACAUUUUUUAAAGAUUUAUUUUAUUUAUCUAUUUGGGGUUUUGUUUGUUUAGUUUUGAUAUAGGGCUUCUCUGUGUGACAGCCAGCCCUGUCUUGGAACUCGCUCUGUAGACCAGGCUGGCCUUGAACUCAGAGGUCUGCCUGCCUCUGCCUCCCAACUGCUGAGAUUAAAGGCAUGUGAUUUAUUUUA